GUAGCAUCUACAUACGGUAUGUACAUAGAUAGUCGAGUAGUAUAGGUACCUAGGACAAGACAGCCCAUGUAUCGCCACGAUCUUUGUAUCACUCCACUAAAAAUAAAGACAGCCCAGAGAUCUGCCCAGAUCUUCAACACGACCUUUCACCUGAGUAACCAGUCUUCAACCAGUUUCUUCUAGGCCUUUAAGGUCAAUUAGGCGCUUGUUUGAUUCGUGUUUGCUUCAAUUCACUUCACUUCAGCUACAAGCCGUUGCGUCAUGUCUAGGCCAGGUUUUCUUUGCUUGCGAAGCUUCUCCUACCGUGGUAAGCCACCGAAACAGAACGGAUUAUUUCAACCACCCCUCCACCUUGGCGCAAAUACCAGAAGCCCACGGUCACUCUCUACAUCGCCAUCUUCACCUCCCUCUUUGCCUCCCGCUUCACCUCCAACAACCUCCUCGCCGAUCACCAAACCACCCAAGCGCCACACGGCCGACACAGCCCGGAUACCCAUCAUGACGGCAGGAAGCUUUGGGUAUCCACUUGCGCCCAGCUUCGAUUUACUCCGGCGUGUCCCAUUAGGCCAAACAAACGUGCAUGCUCAACCCACAUCAAAGUCGGGUACAGUCGCAAAACGACAACCGAUCACGCCGCCUUCGCUAGAAUCAGGUGGUGUUCCUGAUCCUACACCAGAGUAUCUCGCGCUCGCCUCGCACCCACCGUUCCUACUCCCACACCCGCGAAACUUGUUGGUAGUUAUCGACUUAAACGGCACGCUGCUUCAUCGACCUAUUCGUAAACGGCCUUUCCAUUUCGUCGAACGCCCCUUUGCGCGAGAAUUUCUCUCAUAUUGUAUCAAUACCUUUACAGUUGUCAUCUGGUCGUCAGCGCGACACGAAAACGUCAUCGCCAUGUGCGCAAAAAUAUUAAAGCCUGAAGAUCGCGCCAAAGUUGUCGCCAUCUGGAACAGAGAUAACUUCAACUUCUCGCAAGCAGACUACAACCUGAGGGUGCAAUGCUACAAGCGACUAACAGCACUAUGGAACGAUCCCAUUGUCAGCGCAAGUCAUCCCGAUGGGGAGAAAUGGAGCCAGCUCAAUACAGUGCUCGUAGAUGACUCGAUAGAAAAGGCAAGGAGCGAGCCGUUCAAUCUUAUCCAAAUUCCCGAAUUCACAGGCAAUACGAAUGAACCUGGUUUCAUGUUACCACAAGUCCAUGAUUACUUGAACGAUUGCAGUCAGCAGACAAACGUCAGCGCGUAUAUCAAAAGCCAGCCUUUCAAGAUCAAGCCCGGAUUUACGCUGUAAUUACAGCGUUUCAUCGUCUAUGAUAUUGAUGUUGUAUAUAGCCUAGGACUUCUCAAGGCGGUUUUAGGGGCUGUGGAGCCGACACGCGGAUAUGAGAAAUGAGAGAUUUGGUCAUUAUAGACGGUGAUAAACGGAUGAGGACAACACAUGAUACCCAUUGCGCAAUGAUUAGCAUUGUACAUUUGAUGGACAUAGAUGGCUAUUGCAUAAAGAAUGAAUACCAUGAACGUACAAUCAGGCUUCACUGUGUAAAGCUCAUAUCUGUCUCUCGUAUAUACAUACUAACUGAUCAUAUGGGUCGCGUGGCUGGAUGAAGUCAACCGCGACGACUACAGGGAUAAAUGAGAGAUCAGUACUACAGGCAUGUAUGUAGAUGUGAUGGAAGUGGAGACGAUGUUAGCCCGCGAGUUAGACCACAUGAAAAGAGGAUAGUCGAAGGUAAGUCUCGGGCUUGAG